ACGUUGAACCCCAACUUCCUCCCACUCAGGCGGCCAAGACCUCUCUCUCUCAUACACACACACACGUAUACGUCAUUCAUAUAUAUAAUAUUAUCAUGUGCGUAUGCAUGGGGGCUCUCCUUUCUCCAUAUAUAUAUAUAUGGUCAAAAAAUGCUCUGUUUUUCAUCAAAAGCCAUCUGAUCAUCAUCUUUCUUUUCUUCCUCCCCUACACCCAAAACCAUGAAGGCAACAUCUAUGUCCGUGGCCGAUACAAUCUCAUGGUACUGUGCGAUAGUCUUAUUAGGCUUAAUCUUGCUGGCCUCUGUAAGGGAGAAUUCUUCAGAAGAUGUCCAACCAGUGAGAGGGAGCCAGCUCUUCGACCGGCCCUGCGACGAGAUUUAUGUUGUUGGAGAGGGCGAGACCCUCCACACCAUCAGCGACAAGUGCGACGACCCCUUCAUCGUGGAACGCAACCCUCAUAUCCAGGAUCCCGAUGAUGUCUUUCCUGGACUAGUCAUCAAGAUCACUCCUUCAAAAUCAAGAAAUUAAGUAGCUACUAUUGAGGUAGUUUACGCGAAAUAUUAUUUAGUGUCUUUGUUUUUUUAUUUUUUUCGCCUUCCCGAUACAGGAAUGUAACAUGCAGAGAAGAAGCGGAAACUGUUUGGAACUUUUUAUUUUGCAUUUGGGGUAUACUUUUUUGUUUUUUCCUUUUGUGUGUGUUGUAUAAAGGGUGAUUAAUACAACAGCGUUUUCCAAUAA